AGUGCCCGCAUCCAUUGUUAAUUAUUUCACUUUAUCUUGUGGAUGACGACAACACAUUUGUGAACGGGACUCCCCCUCAAAGCGGACUACCCACCAUGUCGGCUGAGGAGGAGAGGGGGGUAGUUCGUGUCAAAGUCAAGGUGAGAAAUUGUGGGGACUGAGCGGCGGGCAAACUGGAGAAACCCCAAUCACACGCAGAGCAACACAGCAGGAUGGAAACACAGUAACGCACAGCAGUCCAGACAGGCCAACACAGUGUUGCUUUCACCUUUAUUUGUAAAUGUGAAGGGGUGUUGCCGGUGGAGUUCCGGUCCUUUGCUGUUGAUCCUCAAAUAACCUCACUAGAGGUGUUGCAGCAUAUCCUGAUUCGAGCAUUUGAGCUGAAUGGGAAACGCAACUUUGGAAUUAGUUACCUGUCCCGUGACCGCGGCGGUUUGGAGGUCUAUGUGUCUCUGCUGUCUGACUGGGAUUUAGAUGCUGCGUUUGUCAGUGCUGCAAAGCCUUUUCUCCAGCUCAAGAUGGACAUCAAACCAUCAGAGGACAGUCCAGUACUGGAGGAUUGGGACAUAAUCAGCCCGAAGGAUGUAAUUGGCUCUGACCAGCUGCAGGGAGAGAAGAGAUCACUGGCAACUGCUGCACUUCCCUUCACACAGUCACUGCUGUCCCAGGUAGGUCGUACUCUAUCACGGGUGCAACAGGCCUUAAGUUGGUCCUAUGGGGAAGAGGUGAAACCUUUCAAGCCCCCUUUAAGUGAUGCUGAAUUCCACAGUUACUUGAACAGUCAAGGUCAGCUGACACGGCCAGAAGAACUUCGACUUCGGAUCUAUCAUGGAGGGGUUGAGCCAUCCUUACGCAAGGUUGUAUGGCGGUAUCUCCUUAAUGUGUACCCAGAUGGUCUGACGGGGCAGGAGAGAAUGGACUACAUGAAGCGGAAGACGAGGGAGUAUGACCAGCUGAAGAGCGAGUGGACUACACGGGUCAGUCCUGAGGACCUGGAAUUCAUCCGGGGAAAUGUUUUGAAGGAUGUUCUUAGAACUGACCGAGCACAUCCUUACUAUGCAGGCUCAGAGGACAGCCCACAUCUCACCGCCUUGACAGACCUCCUCACCACCUUUGCUAUUACACACCCUCAGGUGUCUUAUUGCCAAGGCAUGAGUGAUAUUGCCUCGCCAAUCCUCGCCGUCAUGGACAAUGAAGCUCACGCCUUCAUCUGCUUCUGUGGCAUUAUGAAACGCCUUGAGGGCAACUUCCGCCCUGACGGACAACUCAUGUCCAUUAAGUUCCAGCAUCUCAAGUUGCUACUGCAGUAUUCAGACCCUGAGUUUUAUGCCUACCUAGUUUCUAAUGGUGCAGACGACCUGUUUUUCUGUUACCGCUGGCUACUUCUGGAGCUGAAGAGGGAGUUUGCUUUUGAUGAUGCUCUACGAAUGCUGGAGGUCACCUGGAGCUCCUUGCCUACUGACCCACCUGAGACAGAGGUGGAGCUUCUAGGGCCACCGCUUGAAACAUAUCAGUGCUCUAGCUUACAGAAUGUUCGUCAGAAUGUGGAAAUGGAGGAGAUGGAAGAGACAGAAAGGAAAAGGAGACGCCACAUGCUUAGACCGUCUCGAGAGGAGGCAAAUGGUGGACGUAAACUGGUUACAGAUGAUAAGGGAUCCCAGAGGGAAGCCGAGGGAGAGUAUUGUGUGGAUAAUGUGGUCAAGAGUGAUGUAACAACUCCAGCUGCCCCAUUCCAGAAACAGGCCAGUUUUGGGGACUUUAAGUACUAUAGUGGUUGUAACGAGGGUAGUUUUGAGUUGAAUGAAAAUGACUGCUCUGAUCCAACAUUAUCUCCAAUGCAGUUUCAGUCUACACACUCCGCAUUGCCCUUCUCCUUCCGCCAGUCAACAGAGGAAAGCGAAGAGGACCCUGGAGAGCAAGAACCUCUUAUAAGAUGCAAUUACACGCAGUCAUCUCCAGGGCAGAGAAACUCUCCAAAUGGACAGGCAGCUUCGCCAGCAUCAUCUCAUCCUUCUGGUCUGCCAAACUGGAAAUGUAGCUCCAUUCAGUCAUUGGAAGCGUCCAAUUCUCCUUCCAGCUGGAGAACAGUGACUCCUGAUGCCCUGACAAAAUGCACAUCCUCUUCAUCUAGCGGGGACAAAGCAGUGUCUCCUGAUAAAACAUCUGGUGGUUUUGCAUCCUCACAAGCUGUAUUGAAUGGAACUGAUGCUCAGUCACCAUCAGUGGUCCUGGGGAAAUCGUUACUGGCAUCUCCAUCGCAGGGUUACAGUCGUUCGCUUCUCUCUUCCCCGGUUUUAUCUUUCGGCAAGUCCUCGUCUUUGUCCAAACCAUUAUCUAGCAAUCUCCCCUCACCUUGUAAACCCACUGGGACUGGCACAAGCUCUCCAAACACAAACAAACCAGAAGGGGGUGGAAUUAAACCCUACUCUCUUCCCCCUCCACAAGAAUUUGGGAAAGGGAAUCCCUUUAUGCUAUUCCUUUGUCUCGCUAUCCUACUGGAGCACCGUGACCACAUUGUUAAAAACAGCCUGGAUUAUAACGAGCUGGCCAUGCACUUUGACCGCCUGGUUCGUCGCCACAACCUUGGGCGUAUUCUGCAGCGAGCUAAAGCCCUCUUUGCAGAUUACUUGCAGAGUGAGGUAUGGGACUCGGAGGAAGGGGAUGAAGUAAGCUUGGACUCCCCAACUACAGCUGCGGCAUCUCCCCAGACGCCCAACACUAGACCCCCUUUCCUCAAUGUACAGCCCUCUCAGGGUACCUUCCCAAAUUCAACCUAUAACCUGGCCAAUACCAUUCCCUCCCCAACAAUUUCUAUAGCUCUUUCUCCAUCAGCUUCCUGAUUCUGUGCUGUAGUAGUUAAUCUCCAGCAACCAGCUCCAACCACAAACAGCGACAGAGUUGUAAUAGAUGUUUUACCAUACCCUCCCGAGUCACAGCUUACCUUUAUGCUCUACACAUGCUUUAUGGAACUUGUUUUAUGUUUAAAACCAAAGCUGGGUGACUUUCUAAUUUCCCCAAUCUAACCCUUCUUCUCAAAUCCCUUUCAUUGUACUGUAUCUUUUUUUUAUUGCAUUUUAUUAUGUGUCAUGUGAAAGAGGCAGGCCAGUUUGUAUGUCAUUUGACUUUGUAUAUAACACUCUAGAAAGGCAUAUUAUGAACACGUAAAACCUCUUUAUAUUAGCCUCACUUAUCUGAGAUGAAGUAACAAAAUUGUGGUAUUAUUUAUUUCUCUGUGUGCAAUCUUGACUUUUGAUGAACAAGAUCUCAUUGACUUUCUCUGAGUUUAUCAUGGUUGUUAUGGAAAGAAGAUUGAUUACUUAUGUAUAGCUUUUGAGACACCCACAGGAAUUAAUUCAUACAUUUUUUUGACAUAUUGCCAGCAGCAAUACACCCAUUUGUACACAUUACACAUUUGUAUUUGGUAUACAGAUAUUUGUCCAGUGUGGUUUAUGAAAAUUUUAAGCCUUGACUUUUGUUUGUUCAAAACAUGCAACCCAAUCUUUGACUUUCAGUAUGAGAUGAAGUUGCUGACGUGUUUCUUCUCUAGUGUACAACAGCCAUUUUACAUCUAAGCUGUAGACCUUUGUUCAGCACCAUACCUACUAGGGUCAACAUCUUAUAAAUAUUUUUCUGCAGUCAUGCAUUUAUAAAUUUUAAGUCUCUUGCAGUCAAAUCAAAUUGAGAUUAAUGUACAUGUACUGACAGAACUGUUGGGGGAAAUGGAUUUGGUUUCACUUAUCCUCGCCUUUGUGGGAAAAGUGCCUAAUUUCAGUAAAUAUAAAAUUUUGUCUCUUGUUUUUGUAUAAUUAAUUUGUGUUAAUCCAUCAUCUACCGAAGGCUUGUCUGUUCAUUCGUUGCCAUAACGGCUUUGUUGUCAAGAGGCAACAGUCAAAGAAAAGAUCCCUGCUUUUUUUAAAAAAGACAGAGUAUUAUUAUGUGCUAAAUGCCUUUAGCAGAAUGCAAAGGAAACCUUCUGCGCUUGUUCUUAAUGUCUUAAUACCAAGUGUUAUUUUUUCUUCCAAGUGCUAAAAUUAGAAUUAAUCUGCACAUGGACCAAAAAAAAAUUUCUCUGGAAAGUGCAACAAUUAUGAGUUCUCAUUAGCAUUAUGUUGACAACAUGUAUGUAUGGCAUGUGCCACUUUUGUUUGGUUAUGUAUGACUGUAUUUUUUACCCACACCCAUGGAGAGAUUUAUUGGAUUGAAUGCUUGCUAUACUCCCUAUUUGUACAAUAAA